CAACUUCCGGCGGCCAUUGUGUAACUCGUGGAGAACGUUUUGCCGCUGUGUGGUAUUUUUCCUGCAUAGUGAAUCACGUCGACAAUGUUUACACCGAAUCCUUUGAAAAGACCUUUCGAAGGGGGAGACAAUGUCUCUGGUUGGGGUGCAGGAAGCAAUCCAAAUGUGGGCAACAGUGCUAGCAAGGCAGAAGAUAGGAAGAAAAAGAGGCGAAGUCGAUGGAAUACUGAGUUUGAUGACAAGACUGUUAUUCCAGGAAUGCCAACGUACAUUCCACCUGAUCUCACAGCUGAGCAAGAACGACAGUACUUGGUGCACCUACAGAUUGAAGAAAUAAGUCGUAAGCUGCGCACUGGGGACCUUGGCAUUCCACCUAAUCCAGAACAAAGAUCUCCAUCCCCGGAACCAAUUUACAACAACGAGGGGAAGAGGCUGAACACAAGGGAGUACCGGACACGAAAACGUCUUGAAGAGGAUAGGCAUAAACUGGUGCAGGAAGCACUGCAGUUGAAUACAGACUACAAACCACCACCAGAUUACAAACCUCCAGUGGUGCGGGUCAGUGACAAGGUGAUGAUACCACAAGAGGAGCACCCAGAUAUCAACUUUGUUGGUUUACUGAUAGGCCCCAGAGGAAAUACUCUGAAAAACUUGGAAAAAGAUACUGGUGCUAAGAUCAUUAUAAGAGGCAAAGGAUCUGUAAAGGAGGGUAAGAUUGGCCGGAAAGAUGGGCAGCCGCUGCCAGGAGAAGAUGAACCUCUUCAUGCGUACGUCACAGCUAACAACCCAGAGAAUGUGCAGACUGCUGUUGAGAAGAUCAAGGAGAUUAUACGACAAGGCAUUGAAGUUCCUGAAGGACAAAAUGAUCUCAGAAGGCAGCAGCUAAGGGAGUUAGCCCUCCUCAAUGGAACGCUGAGGGAGAAUGAUGGAUUGGCGAAAUUAAAACAGCUACAACAGGCACAGACAAUCAUCACAAACACAAUCAUUUGUACAGUGUGUGGGGGCACAGGUCACAUUGCACAAGAUUGUAAAGAGAAAAAGCCUGGAGAUAGUUUCAGAAUGCAGCAGCCCCCUAUUCAAUCACAAGCUGAUAAAGCAAAAAUGGACAGCGAGUAUAUGUCUCUGAUGGCUGAGUUGGGUGAAGGUCCUCCACCUAAAGUAGAGAGGCCAGCUCAUGUUUUCAAUCAACCCAGACACUCAAACUUCAAUCAACCACCACCAAAUCCUAUGGCAAUCAAUCCUCCGUGGCCUCAGAAUGCUAGUAGCAAACCUAGCUUAGGCCCACCCGCCUUCCAAAACCCACAGCAACAUCGUGGAGGCGUGCCUCAGGUGAGCAACUCCUCUCAAAUGCAACAGCAUGGUGUGAUGAACACAGGUAUACCCCCUGGUGUCCCACCCCCACAACAGUUCACCACAGCUCCUUCGCUAGCACCAUGGCAACAGCCCAACAGUUCUGCACAGUCUGGAGUGACAACAUCGAUGGGCGUUCCCCCUUCCCCUCCUUCACUGCUGAAUCAACCGCCACCACCUCCACCGAACAACCAGCAUACCUCCACACCCUGGCUGCAGUACUCACAAGCAGGCCCAGUUCCGCCACCACCACCAUCUACAACAGCUCACUGGCAGACACAAACAACAGCACCACCUCCACCAUCGAAUUUGCCGCCAUGGCAGCAACAGGCUCCUCCCCCUCCUGUCCAACCCCCAAUGCCCAGUGGUGUAGCUCCACCACCACCACCAGUUAGUCAGAGUUACAACCCUGUACCUCCUCCUCCACCCCCACCUGGUGGCUUUGAUGUCAAUCAACUUGGUGGUGUCAACCCCAUGCUGGUACCACCACCGCCACCACCACCCCCUUCAUCUUAAGGCUUUCACAAUUAAUGGAAUCACUGGAAGUGAAAUAUGCUGCAUCCCGGUAGGUUUUCAAGUAGAUCCUAUAACAAAUUCAUCGUUUUAAAAAUACGAUGUAAAUAAUCCAGACUUGAUUGUUAAGAGGUACUGUACAUCCCACAGUUAAGGCUGCUUACAGUAGAGAAAAAGAACAAUCUUUUGUGGUCUGUUGAAGAGAAUAUCUGAAUCUUCUCUCAGUGCAAUGCUUUCGAAGAAGGAAUAUAAGUGAUUGUUAAAGCCAUUAGUUUUUUGCAACAUGUUGGAAGAUGGGUUUAUGUCCCUUAUUGUAUAGUUGUUUGUGUUCUUUGUACAUACAUACUCCUUCGAUGAUCAGGAAAUGCUAGUCCCAGUUUGCAUUGUAGAAAUGUGAUCAAUUGUAGGUAAUGAAUUUUUUUCCACCAAGUGCUGUUGACAUUGCUUCUAAUAAUUCCACAUCACUUUUGUGCCAGGUUUGCAUUUCAUAACAUUCUCAUCCCUGUAGUGGAUAUGGAUUAGACUUGUCCACCAUGUGAAUAGCUAUACCCAAAUGUAAAUAUUUCAUUUCAUUCAGUUAAUUGUGUAGAAAUAACUUCAUUUUGAUCACAUUUUUAUUUUCAUUAAUUUAGCACUACUUUCCAAUGUAUUGCUAUAAUAGUACUUCCAUGAAUUUGUACAAAUAAAUGAAGAAAUAAAAACUAAAUCAAU